AUGAUUAUAGGCAAAGUUAUAAAUAUGGAGAUUUCUGCACAUAUCAUCAGCUAUACGUUGGCACAACCGCAUAUGACUGCGGAUCUCCAAACGUCAAAGACUCUAAAUUCUGUAGUAUCAACUGAAAAAUCAUAUAAAAUUUCGUUCAUAAUUGAAGUGCAAACAGAGUUCUCCAAGGCAAAAAUUUGAAAAACAUGUGAUGAUUUUUAUAAUUUUCACAGUCAGCUGUGCUAUUUUAGCCAUGCCCCUUGCCAAGAAGGUCGCUUAAUUGAUAUCAUACCUAAAUUUCCACUAAAACGCAAUAUGUCAACCUUUACGAAUCAUUCCUCAGCAGUAAUCCUUCUUGCCACUUUAGAGAAUUAUUUGCAGUCCCUUACAUAUAUUCUAUCAAACCACUAUUUCAACAAAUUUGAUCCUUGAGUCCGCUUGAUUCUUUCCUUUCUCGAAGUCAACAGCAUAAAAUCACGAGAAGAAAAAAGUGCAAAAUUAAUAACAAAAAUUUUUAAAUCACUUACAAGAAAUAAAUAA